GAGGCGUUACAUAUGUUUGCCGUUUUUUUUCUGCUUAAGUGAGAGGUUUUUUGCAGGACCCUCCUGCUGGGGGAGCAGCUGCUUUUCUUUUAAAUGUGGGAGCGAUUCGGAUGAUAAAUGCGGCCUCGCUUUGUCAUCUCCAGGCUGCAAUGUGACGCUUUAUUUGAUAUGAUGUUUGUUCUGAUGCGAUGCGACUUGGACGUCAUGUCUCCACUUAGCUCACGCCUCAGACGCACUUGUAUCUUUUAACAUCCGUCCAAUCCAGUCAAACUUGUUCUAGUUCAAGGGAAAGUGUGGCAGACAAUUUAUGUUUUAUUCAGAUGAAUUAAGACCCGCUCCCUUAAUGCACAACUGAAAUUAAAAUGGUGUCUCUCAUCCCUUUGUUGGCAUCUUUCCUUAUUUUCCAUUUCAACUUUUAUUGCCUAUAAUCCCUGGCUUGCAUAUUCUAACUAGUAAUUUGAACCCACUGAAUUUGUAUUGGGACAAAGAGGAGUAACACCAGGAACGAAUAGGGGUUGAAUGACCGCUCUCCUUUUGGUUUCACUUUAGUUUCUCAGACUCUGGAGUCACCUCCAGGGAGACAAUGAAUGGAGGGAACAUUUGAAAAUAUCAAUACACUCAAAUAUCACAAUGAUUUUGUGACACUGUCUUGAUUUUUUUAAGCUGGCUAUAUCAAUAUUUAAUACAUUGAUGCUUGAAUAUGCUGCUGCAUUUGUGAUGUGUUUAAUACUAACAUUUUCUUCAUGUAUGCUAGAGUUAUUUUACAGAUAAAGGGAGUGAUUCAUUCCUCUGUAGGAUGGAGAAAUUUAACAGAAAGCCCAUCUGGACUGACGUCACAACAGUAAACUUGUUUUCAUGUACAUCAUAUUGUAGUGCAUUUGCAUCUGAUUUUCCCCCUGAAAAGAAUGAAGGUUCUAACAACAAUAUAUUGUAUGGCAAUAUAUCAUAUCACCACUCCUAUAUAUACAUACAUAUCGUAUCACAAGAUAUCUGCCAGUACAGGGAGAACAGUAAGCAAAUGGGGGGAAAAAACAUUAAAAUGGCCGUUCUAGUUUGGAAACACUAUUAUCACUAUCACAAAUAAAGCCAUAUGAAAAAGGAAAGAAAUGUCUGUUUUGACAAGAGGAGAGAAAAGUGCUCAUCGAAUAAUACAGCCUCAUGCUGAACAACAAAACAACAAAAUAAAUAAGACUAUAAGAAGAAGCUGAGCCAUCUCACCUCACAGACCACCAAACAGGGGGGAUAAUGGAAAGUGCCUGCACUUUCUGCACAGGCUGAGAAGAUGCCAAUCCAUACUGUCACAUUAUGGGAGCACCAUAGGGAGCAUGAAGACCCCCGCCUCCAUGUGGUGUCACAGCUACACAGGGACUGAAUGGAAAGAACGACAGGAGGUGGUGAGGACAAGGAGCAGAGAACAUGAAUGAGGUUUCUCUUCCUGCUGCUGGUGUGCAGCUUUCUGAAGCCAAGAAACCAGGAGGAAUCUGUGUAUAUAAUAAACAAUAUAUUUCUAAUAUAAGUUAGAACAUAUAAUAUAACACAUAAUACGCAUGAAUAAAAAUAAAAUACUAAUUAUAAAAAUGAUUAAAUAAAUAGUAUAUUUUCAGAUAUAUAUACUUACUUCAUUUUUGUCACUAUUUGCUCCUUUUUAUACAAAUAAUAAUAAUAAUAAAUUACAGGUUAUUUACUGGCGAGAUUAUAUAACUACAGGUUCAGGCAUUUUUCCGUUGAAGACGUCGAUGUCGAACAGAACCAGGGUAGAGCCAACAAAACGUUAUAUCAUUCAUGCAGAGAGGAAUGUGGUGGAGAAGGGGAGGAAGGGGGGAAAGCGAGAGAGAGAGAGGUGGCGAGGAGCGCUGAUGGGAGGGAGGAGAGAGACUCCUCGCAUCUCUGCGCGUCGUGAACAUUUAGGAUCAGCUGGGAAAAAUGGAAAAAGCGAAGGCGAGAAGGAAACGACGGUGAGAGAGGCGAGCGUUUUCGGGAGCUGAACAUGGGGAGAGAAGGCUGAGCUGCCGGCAUGUUGCGCUGAAGGUAAUAAAAAACCGGCUUAUUUGCGCUCCUCGUCUGCAUCAAAUCCGCGGCUCGGUGUUGCACCCACAACCUGCCAGACUCCACGGAGAUGCACCACCAUUUUUUUCGCUUCUGAGACGCGCCUUGCGACAGAGAGAUAAGAGAUGCCUGCUUUGGCCGUGAGGUGCGAGGAUGCCCGUGGACGUGAUCGUGUCAUCGCUGCUGCAGAACCCACCAGAGCUCCACGGCUCCAGACUCACACCACUGAGCUGAGCUGAAGAGGAGUCAGUGGGCUGGAACCCAGCACCCAUCCCUCAAACAUCUCUCACACAGCCUGUGCUUGCAUGGUGGACAGGCCUGGCCACUCUCAAGGGAGGAAUCAAGUGGGUUCCCCAGGAUCUGCCGCCUCCCCAAACCUGUCUGAGGACCGCUGUGAAGCUGACCAGCUACCUGAUGGUUUCUGGAGAGCAGCCUGGAUGCCCAGUGUGGGUGUGAACGCUCGGAAAAAAGCCCCUUUUUGCAGUUUUUCAUCGGCAGACGGGAGCAGCCGGCGACUCUGUGUGUGUCAUGUUAGAUGUUGGACUCUUGCCUGCUCCCUCAAACUCUCUGACCUGUUCUGUCUGAGCCCCAUCCCUCCUAUGACUGUUUGGGCUUCACCGCAGCAGAAGCAAGCCUUUUACUCGCAACAACAUUAAACAAACAGGGUCAGGAUGCAGGUGUCGUUUGCCUGCACCGAGCACAACCUCAAGAGUCGCAGUGAGGACAGACUAUGCGGCCUUCGCACCGCCCCGCCUCCAGGUGGCAGUAGUGGCGGAGUAGGGGGCGGCGGCGGCAGCGGAGGUGGCGGUGGCAGUGGAGGUGGCAGUGGUGCCGGAGGAGGAGGUGGAGGAGGAGGCGGAGGAGGGGGAGGAAGUGGAGGAGGUGGUGGACAAGGGAGCAAUGGAAACUACAUCUCCCAAGGAUCUGUCAAAACCAGAGAGGGGUCUCGACAGACCCCUCAGGGCCACGCGCACAUGAAGGAGGCCAUCGGGCGCCACACCAGCAUGAAGUACAGGAACCUCGGAAAGUCAGGCCUACGUGUUUCCUGCCUCGGGUUAGGCACCUGGGUGACUUUUGGAUCACAGAUCUCCGACGAGACGGCUGAGAGUCUGAUGACUAUAGCCUAUGAAAAUGGAGUGAACCUCUUCGACACAGCGGAGGUUUACGCUUCUGGAAGAGCUGAAAUCACCUUGGGAAAUAUCAUCAAGAAGAAAGGAUGGAGGCGUUCAAGUUUCGUCAUCACCACCAAGAUCUACUGGGGAGGCCAGGCAGAGACCGAGCGAGGACUGUCUAGAAAACACAUUAUAGAAGGUGGAGUAUCUUUUGAAUGUUUGCGAGGAUCUCUAUCACGGCUUCAGCUAGAAUAUGUCGACAUCAUAUUCGCCAACAGGAAUGAUGUCAACAGUCCGAUGGAAGAGAUUGUUCGGGCAAUGACGUUUGUAAUAAACCAAGGAAUGGCCAUGUACUGGGGCACGUCACGCUGGAGCGCCAUGGAAAUCAUGGAGGCGUAUUCAGUGGCGCGCCAGUUCAACCUGAUCCCUCCGGUGUGUGAGCAGGCCGAGUACCACUACUUCCAGAGGGAUAAAGUGGAGGUGCAGCUUCCGGAGCUCUACCACAAAAUAGGCGUCGGGGCCAUGACCUGGUCUCCACUUGCUUGUGGAUUAAUCACAGGAAAGUACAGCGACGGCGUUCCGGAGUGCUCCAGAGCAGCCAUGAAGGGUUACCAGUGGCUGAAGGAGCGAGUGAACAGUGAGGAGGGACGCAGGCAGCUGGCUAAAAUCAAGGAGCUCCAUCUGUUGGCCGACAGACUGGGCUGCACCGCUGCACAGUUAGCCAUCGCCUGGUGUCUGCGCAGUGAAGGAGUUAGCUCCGUUCUACUGGGUGUUUCAAAUGCGGAACAGCUGCUGGAAAACCUGGGCGCCCUACGGAUUUUAUCCCAAAUGACCCCUCAAACCAUCGCUGAGAUCGACGCCCUCCUGGGAAACAAGCCACACUCAAAGAAAGAAUCGCGGGCUUGAAGACAGGGACGGAUGACAUUUCCGAAAUUGGGACAGAGAAGACAAUGACAUUUGGAGGAAAACACGUUUUUUUUCCUCUGCUGUAUACUUGCAUGUCCUCAGCAACAUUACGCUUCCGAUACUUGCGCAUCUCCACUGUUGCGCACUGCAUUCAGACAUGUAUGGGAACAAAAAUAUAGUAUACAAAAAUGCAGUCAUUUACAGUGUUUACUGAAGGUGGACGGACGGCAGGUUCACACAGAGGUAGAAAAUAAUCACCACUUGUUAAAGUUAAUGUUCUAAAAACGGAGGAAUCGACUCCUUGUGUGUGUGUUACAGCGCAUUUUUACAGCUUUAGCGGUGCUUUCAUGGAGCACGUGAGUCUCCUCCUUCCGCAGCUGCCUGUUACUCCGUACCAUGUUUAGAAGCCAGCCGCCAAAGGUUAGUGCCCAUGUGUCUCGCUGAACAUUCCCAUUGUGCAUGUGACCGCUCUGCCUCACGGCUUCACAGGGUUGGGAGCAAAGGACUACUUAUUGAGACAAGAUCAAGACAAGUUUUUUUUUUUUUUUAAAUGUAGUCAGGUGUUAAAAAUAUCUGAUCAUAAGCUCUUUUCAAGAAUGGGUGGCUAAGCGGGGAGAAGAAACCCUUGAUGCUUUUCCAGUUGAUUUAAACAUUUGUUUGAUAUACUUUACUCUGAGAAUAAAUAGUUAUAGGGCGGUGACUUGGGAUUAAAAAUAUAGACUGAUUUUCAAGGUUAAGACAAGAAAAGAAAAAAAAUAGUUAUAUAAACUACGACAAGGAAAGAUUAUUUAAAAUAUUUUGGGUGAAAUCAACACUCAACUCAAACUCUGAAGUAUUACUGUUAAUACAUUUACUACAAUUGUACAGCCAUCAAUAUUUCUAAAAAUAUAUAUAUAUUCAGUAAGUAUUUCAGAUUGCUUUUGAAACAUAUCCUUGAGACUAAAAUCUCAUUCAAUAACAAUGAAAGGUUGGUUAAUUUGUGAGUUUAUUUAUUAAAGAAAAGGGAGAAUUUUUGGUAUCAAUCAUAAUGGACCGAGAUUGAGGGUGGUGAAGAGGAGAGUGCAGGCAGGGUGGACACGCCAGGAAAGUAGCAGCGAAGGGGGAUGGUAUAAUUGUAGUUGUCCCACAAUGGGGAAAUGUAGAGACCUGCCAGAAGAGACAGACAGGUUAGACGACAAUGGUUAGACGGCAAAUAUGUAAAAGAGAAGAGGAACCAACAAGGUUCAUGGACAGGUGUGACAAGCGAGGGCAUAGGAAAUGAUGAAAAAUGAAGAUCAGUUUAUCAAUUUUAAUCCCAAGUGAAAGUGAAAGUGGUCCCUUUUCGUGGUGACUUGGCAGUUAAUUUAUCAAGCACAGGGUCGCUGGCUGAACUUGAAUCCACAGUUACACAUUGAAGUGACUUUUCAAGUGAUAUUUUUCUUUUCUUAAAAAAAGGGCAAAUGAACAGCUAAAAGGUAAAAAUCCCAGCCCUGCUGCUUUCCCAGCAGCCUCUUUGCCUCCUCUGUUUGUAAACUGCGCGCAUGUCCCUUUAAGAGAGAAAAGCCCCAGAGCAGGGCAUCAAUGUGGCAUGGCUUCUUCUGGCUUAUGUAGAUUUGCAGUGCCCUUGUAAGCCAUUUUUACCCCAAAUAAUCAGCCAUCUUGCAUUAAAACUGUCCAUCCGAAUGAUUCUUUUGUCUUGGAGUGUAUUGAAGGACAGAACCAUGAUAUACAAUAAAAAGACGGUAUGAGACAAUGUGGACACUGUGGAGUGAGUCUUAGUUUCAGGUGACCAGUUGAAGGGUCAUUUGAAAGACUUUUUUUUUGUGUUAAAGGCCCAAAUGUCUUUCUCCCUCCUCUUUCUGUAUUAUUUGUUUUAUUUAACUCAUGUAUUAGUUCCAUUUCCUUCUGUACUGAUGGAUCAUUUGUACUGUGGGGGGGCUUUGUUCUCUUCCCCCUGGUGACAACACUCCUGCAGGGUGAUCAUACUUUGUCAUAUUUUAGGCUCUGUAAAAAGGCUUCUAAGUAGCUUCCGAUGUACAUAAAUAAUUCAGUCAACACACGAAAUGUAACUGCAUAACUUCUAUUUUACUGUCUUGCUACCAACAGAAACCAAAAAAGAAGAGACCCCUCAUGAUGAAUGUAUUUGUCUGUCAAUCAAUCAAAAAGGAAAAGCACAUUCAGCGAGUUAUGGUUUUUGAGUUUUGUUUUUUUUGUAAAGGAAAAACUGCACUUGGUGGAAAUUUUUUUACACUUAUUUGAGAAGAAUCAAAGUAUCUGUGUUGCUUCACGUCUCAUACAUACUCUGGAAAACAAAAUGAAUAAUGUCUGCAUUAAUAAAUAUAAUUUCCUAUUCAUAUUAAAGUCAUAAUGGUGUGUAUGAAAGAGAAAAUAUAAUAGCAAAUUAAGUUGAAGUCAAAAUA